AUGUUCGCCGUCGUCGUCGCCGCCGCCCUCGCUCUCGCAAGCACCGCACGCGCCGCACCGCUCAGCAAGCGGUACUACUACUACUACACGUAUGACAAUGGAAUAUCGCUCGGCGUGAAGGUCGGCAUUGCCAUCGCGGCCUUCUUCGUCGUCCUCGGCCUCUGCCUCCUUAUCGUGAGUGUCCCCCGCCUCCGUGCCACCAAGCCUUGGCUGACCCCACAGGGCUACUGCGUCCGCCGCAGCCGCUCAAAGUCGAGCUACGCGUACGUGCCCCCGCCCGUGCCCGCGCCGGUGCCCCAGCCCAACAUGACGUACGGCUACCCCGCAGCCGCGCCGGCAGCGUACCCCACAUACCCGACGUAUCCUGCACCAGCGGCUGGGCAGCCUGGGCAGGCAGCGGCAUACUACAACCCGUAUGGCGCGCGCGACAUGGCCACGCCGGGCUCGGAGAGCGCCGCGCCCUUCGCUGGCGAGGCCGCGCCGCCGGCGCGCCCGCUCUCGUCGCAGGGCACCGGACACACCACGCACGACGUGUAUGCGCAGAAGUAG